GUCAGGUGAUCAUACUAGUUUGACAGUGCUAUUUUAUAAUAAGAAAGUUAUUAUUACUUUUACCAAUAUUUGGGCGGCUGUCGGAUUUGUCUGAAGUUACAACAAAACUACAAAGUACUGGGCUGUAUAAGUAUGGCACACUCAACCGUGGAGGCUGGGGUUCAUUCAUAUGAUUUGAAACCACAAAAACCCAAAUUAAAAAUGCAAAUGCCAGCUCGCGUGGUUGAUGAGGUUGGUCCUGGUACAGCAAUGAUGACACCAAUAACACAAACAUUGCACAUGAGUCAACAAAUGUCAAGUUCUGCUUCGUCAUCAACUGUAAAAUGUUUGGAUGUAUGUGUCUUUUUACGAGAUGGUUCUGGACAUGAAUUCAGUGUGGAAUGUGGGAAACGAGCUACUGCUCAGGAUUUAUGUGAUUUAAUGCAAGCCAAUUUAUGUCUGCCACCAGUAGCCUCAGAAUUAUUUUGCCUCUGGUUGUCAUCACCUCUUUUAAAAUUACAAUUGAAGCCCCACCAUGUGCCAUUCAAGCUUUACAGGCAGUGGCCAGAUCUUUUGGAUCGUUUUACGUCGGCCACAGAAGACCAGAAAAGCAGAGACGAACCAGUUUUAAUUUACCAACGAAAUGCUUUCUUUCCAAAAAGUAGAGAAAAGAGAAUAACCGACAAUAAAAUUUUACUAAGAUUAUUUGAUGAAGCUAAAGAUAAUUUAUUAGAUGGAUAUUAUCCAUGUAGUAGUGAAGAUUAUGAUAGAUUAGCUGCUAUUCUUGCCAGGAUUGAUCAUGGUCCAUUCCUUUCUAGGAGACAUACACCAGCAUUUUUCAAGAAUAAGCUUUCAAGCUACUACCCUGCCCAUCUGUGUAAGACGUCAUGGUCACUACCGGUAUCUUCUAAGAAUACAGCUGAAUACAGAAUAGUUGAACAAUAUAAAUCGUUACAAGAUAAUUGCAACAAUAAUCAAUAUCGACAGAUGCUUCUAGAUUUCUGUUGGUCUUUACCAUACUAUGGGUGUGUGUUUUUUACUGGCCAAAUUGAGAAACCCUGCCAUGGGAGUAGAAAAGUCCGAGAGAAUCCAGAUAGACUAAUUUAUAUUGCAAUUAAUCGUGACGGAGUGUUUAUUAUUGAUAUUUCUAAAUGUGUAAGUAUUAGCAAGAAAUCUGUCUUUAAAAUAAUUGACAUUAUAAAGCCUAUGGUACUUAAUGACAGUUAA